GAGAUGCUGUGGCAGGAGCAAGACUCGGAAGGCUCUUGCAGCUGCUUCGCAUUUGCUUGUGUAUUGCGCGUGUGUGAAUGUGUGCGUGUGUGAAUGCGGACAAGUUGCUGUUUUGAUAUUUUAUUAUUACCCCCCCCUCCCCCCCACCGCGAGUCCGUUCCAAAUUAGCUGUGGAGGUUUGUGCGGUCGCGGGUGAGUAAGUCGUCUUUCAGUGCCAAACGGCGAGAAGAAAAACAACACUUCCAAAUCAACGCUACUUAAAUGAACUCCAAAAUAACAAGUUUGCUACCUACGCACAUCCGUUGAAUAGAAGCCACGACUACGCAGUUGAAGCAUUUUCGGUUUUAAUUUUCUUGGGGUGUACUCGUUGCUGCAGUCUCUCUCGCAGCUGUUGUUUUUUGGGGGGUGGGUGGGGGGCUGUCAUUUGCAAAGAGACUCGUGUGUGCCUUAUUGCAUAUGGGUAAAUUGGUUCCUGUUGGCUAAUGAAGUUGAAUCCGCCACAUCAGAGGCAGCAAUUAAAACGUAUUUGUAAGGGAAUAAGCCAUAAGCUAGUCAAGUCAACAUGCUAAAGACCCUGACCAAGAAGCUAAGAAGACACUCGCUCAAUGAGAUACACCCAUUCCAACUGAAGUUUUCUUACCAUGGCAGUGGCGAGGGGGGUGAGAGUGAUGACUCUGAGGGUGAGAACCAGGAGCUUGCACAAAUUGAUAGAGAGAGGCGGAGAAACUGUGCCCUCACCCCGUUGGCCACAAGCCAGCAGCACAACCAAGGGGCGCUCUCGCCAGCUCGUCUCCGACGUCUCCGGCUGCUUCUUGACGCCAAUCUGGAUCGCCACUCUUCAGAGGAAGAGCUGGAGCGAAUCAGCUAUGGUGACAACAGGAAGUGGAUGUCUGCACUUCCCCAGCGCCACGGUGAUCACCACAGCAGUGCGUCCAGCGAUGAGGAAGUGCGGGACUUAUGUGGGUGCGGCUCACCCGUUGCCACCACCAGGCCUGUGGUCGAGCCCGAUGCUUGUCUGGCUGCCUCCUCCAGUCCUGUGCUUUUUAGCUCCAGCCCCCCGUGCAGCAUCAAGCCACCCCCCAUGCGCUUUCAGCUCCAAGUGGUCCAGCCAGUCACUCGACCCAUUAUCUUGACCCACUUUGAGCAGUCAGCACCUUAUAGAAAGUACCGGCACAACUAUAGUGGCGAGUUGGGGAGGCCCAGUCUUGAUUUAGAGAAAAUGCAACAGAAAAUGCUGCUGAAAAAGAACUGCGGAGGGAAAACACGAACCAUAAAGAUUCGGACUUUGACCGGCAAUCGUCCUCCACCCAGGUACACGUAUGAGCCCUCCAAUUUUGCCUUCCGGUCUUUAAGCACAGUGCCCCUAUCUGAGGAUCCUCCCUGCUCAUGAAGGAAUUGACCCAAUGAUAGAUGCAGCCUAUCCAUCCUUCUCUUCAAAAAAAGAAAAAACAACAAAAAAAGACUGUUAUAAAACAGACAUUUGUUUGCUGGCCCAACUACCGCACACUCAGGUAUUCCCACCCAGUAACAUCCCUUUUGAUUUUGACUUUACAAGUCAGAUCAUCUUUCGGAGAACACAACCGCCUAAAUGUAACACUUAUAAGGCUAUUCCAGGUUUUUGUAUGUUUAGCUCUCCUGUGAAUAUAGCCUGAGGUUGAAAGAGAGGAAGGUGGUUUCUUGAGCACAUGUUGGGUGAAGUGACAAGUAUAACCUGAAUUUAGCUUUGGAUCGGAUCACAUUCAAGGGAAACAAUGCAUAUAAGACAAUCACUCAAUCAGAUGGUUUCAAGGUUUCUUCCGUCGGUGUUAUAUCGUGACAUCAUAUAAGGCUAUUUGGUAAACUUCCUCUUCCAGACACGGUGAAGUGGGUCAGCCGACAUCCAAAUGUUUAGAUGCUUAAUGUAUUUUCCUCCUUGGAAAACAACUUCUUUGGAUGUGUUAUUCUUUCAAUAUGCAGGUCAUGAUGAGCUACAGUAUAACGUGUAUGAUUGUAGUUAAAACUAGCUGACCUUUGUUGUACAUUUUUCAAUGAAUAUGUCAGUUAGUCUGAGUCUCAAAAGUACUUGUAUCCUCUUUCCCUGCAUGGAUUCCACUGUUUUGCAGAAAGAGGUACAUGGUAAGACUAAGGAGUAAUGAAUAGUUUGCUGCACAUUUGGCAAAUGUAAUUGGUGCUGUUUUGCAUUAGCCAACUUAUAGUGUGCCAUUUUAUUUUUCCAUAUUGUACCUCAUUACUUUUUAGGUAGAAGAGGACCACUGCAAAAUGUCUAAUGCCUUGAGAUAACAUUCCUGGUGUGAUAAAUGGAACUGAAGUAAGUCUGACUUGAGCUGAUCAAUCGAUUUAAAACCAAUGUCGCCACUGUAACUAAAAAUUUGCCGAAAUGAAUGCAACAUUGUGACAAGUUUGUCGUCCCUUGUUGCAGAAAAUGAAUCAAUAAAUGUUCUGUGGCCUCUUGCUGAA